AUGUACCCCGUCGCAGCAGCAAUCACGCCUUUACGGCUCACGGCCACAGGUAUACCAAAGACUGUCUAUGUAGGCAGUCUUUGUGUACUUGCUGGGAGCCACCAUUAUUCGACGCUGUCAUCAAUCAAGGCACGCCAAACUCCUGUUUCUUCGAUAACCACGAUAUCAAGACGAGGAAUCUCAUCAACAUCGCUCAAGCGAGCUAUCAAGGACUUCUUCCCCAGAGUGGAAACGAAGCAGAUCAUCGAAACCGAGUCAACAUGGCAACAUCCAGUAUACACUGAGGAACAAAUGCGAAACAUCCACAACGAACACCGCGAUGUCCGUGACUGGUCUGAUCGAUUUGCCCUAACCAUGGUCCACUGGUUGCGCCGCGGCAUGGAUUUCGUCACGGGCUACCACCACCCAAAACCUGGCCAAGUAGGGGAAAAAUUCAAGAUGAAUGAACGGAAAUGGUUGAAUCGGAUCUUGUUUUUGGAAAGUGUGGCUGGUGUUCCCGGUAUGGUUGCGGGAAUGUUGCGACAUCUUCGUAGCUUGCGGACGAUGAGGAGGGAUAAUGGAUGGAUCGAAACCCUGCUCGAAGAAGCCUACAACGAACGUAUGCACCUCCUCACAUUCAUGAAAAUCGCCGAACCAGGCCUGUUCAUGCGCGUGAUGGUUCUCGGCGCCCAGGGCGUCUACUUCAACGGUCUCUUCUUCGCCUACCUUGUUUCCCCUCGCACCUGCCACCGCUUCGUCGGCUAUCUCGAAGAAGAAGCCGUCCUGACCUAUACUCGCAUCAUCCAAGAGCUCCAAGCCGGCAACCUACCCGAAUGGCAAAAUAUGGAAGCGCCCGAAAUCGCAAUCAAUUAUUGGAAAAUGCCAGAGGGACACCGGAAAAUGCUUGAUUUGAUGUUGUACGUGCGUGCCGACGAGGCGAAGCACAGGGAAGUGAACCACACCCUGGGCAAUCUCAAUCAGAAGGAAGACCCGAACCCGUAUACGGCUAUCUACAGGGAUACGAACAAGCCACGGCCUAGCAAGGGGUUGGAUGUAGUAAGGCCGACGGGCUGGGAGAGAGAUGAGGUUAUUUGA